GCCGCGCGCCGCUAGCCUCUCCUCCGCCACCGCCGCCGCCGUCAUGUACGGGCUUCUAGUGCAGGGCAUCGCAGAAUACCUGCGGACAACGCUGGGCGAGCAGAAGUGGGAGGAAAUCAGGAAGCGGGCCGGCGUACGACAGCACAGCUUCACGACGCACAAGGUCUACUCGGAGACGGUCAUUCCUCGCAUCUGCCAGGCGACCGUAGAACUGACGGGCGUGAACAGGGACGACCUGAUGGAGAGCUUCGGCUUCUACUUCGUGCAAUUCACGGGCAACUACGGCUACGAUCGCAUCCAGAAGGUGCUCGGUCGCAACCUGCGUGACUUCCUCAACGGGCUCGACAACCUGCACGAGUACCUGCGCUUCAGCUACCCGAAGCUGAAACCUCCGUCGUUCCUCUGCCAGAGCGAGAGCCGCCACAGCAUGACGCUGCACUAUCGCUCGCGACGGAAGGGCUACGUGUCCUACGUGAAAGGCCAGAUAAAGUCGAUCGCGAGGGCCGUCUAUCGGCAGGAGGUGAAGAUAGACGUGCUCAAGGAGGAGGUGAGUCGCGAGCGCGUCGACGUCGUCAUGGAACUGAAAUUCGACAACUACUCGUACGUGCAUCCCGUCGAUUGCGUCAACACGACCUUGGAGAAGGCUAUGCCCGUCAACUCGUCGACGUUCUUCUCCGUGUUUCCGUUUCACAUCGUGUUCAAUAGGAUGCUGGUGAUUCAGCACGCCGGAAUUGGCCUGCUGUCCGUGCUCGGCAUGGAACAGCUGGACGGACAUAGCGUAGACGAGGUGUUCUCCAUUGUUCGACCACUGAUAGAUUUUAACUGGGAUCAGAUAAUAUCUUACGUGAACAAUGUCUUCGAGCUGUGCACGGUGCAGUCCGUACAAGGGGAGGAUGAUGAUGGAUACAAUCUAUCGGAGCUGGUGACUGACGCCGUUGGCGAUACCGCUUCCAACGAUUCACUUCGACGCUCUCACGGCAGGAAGCUACACGCAGAUACACGCACGCUAACGUCUCGUAGCUCGAAGAGCGUGGGGUCGUCCGAUGAUAAACUGCGCAUUAAAGGUCAAAUGAAGUUCAUGCCAGACUGGGAAAGUAUAGUGUUCUUGGGAACACCCAUUCUCUCAGAUUUGGACGCCAUGUUGAGGAAGGGUCUGUACAUCAACGAUCUCAGCAUGCACGAUAGCAGCAGGGACCUGGUGCUGGCCGGUACACAACAGUCCGCUGAACUCAAGCUGGCUCUUGACCAGGAGCAAAAGAAGAGUAGGAAAUUGGAGGCUAGCAUGAUGCAGUUGGACGCAGAGAUGAAGAGGACGGACGAGCUCCUAUAUCAGAUGAUUCCGAAACAAGUGGCAGACAGACUUCGCACUGGGGAGACGGCCGUGGCCACUUGCGAGGUGUUUACUAACGUCACGAUACUAUUCAGUGACGUAGUCGGUUUCACGAAAAUCUGCAGUAAGAUUACACCGAUGGAGGUCGUCUCUAUGCUCAACGCAAUGUACACCAAGUUUGACAUGCUUAUUGAGAUGCAUAAAGUCUACAAGGUGAGAAGAGCGAGUAUUCACUCGGGAACGGUCGUUGCCGGAGUAGUGGGAAUCAAGAUGCCUCGUUACUGCCUCUUUGGCGAUACGGUCAACACAGCCUCCCGCAUGGAAUCAAACGGAGAGCCGAUGAUGGUACACAUCAGCGAAACAACGAAGAACGAACUGCAGGGCAUCAACAAGUACACUAUCGAGCAUCGUGGCGCCAUUGAUGUAAAGGGUAAAGGUUCGAUGAAGACCUACUGGCUCGCGCGUGGUACGGACGGCGAGACGUUUCUGCACAGCGCCGAGCAUGAGAUGUAUGCGCAGAUGGUGAAGGCGGCAGAGGCCGAGGCCGAAACCAGGUCUCUCUACUCACCAUCACCGUCACAACGAGACGAAUAGGUAGCCGCGAGAUGAUGUCGCUGAUGAACCUAGCGACGCGUGUUGAGGACACGGACGCGUUAGAGAACCCCCUCUCCCCGCAGCCGACGGGGGUGACAUCAUCGCGCGACUUGCGAGUGCCCUCUAGGACCAGCUACACGCCCGUACUGCCCGGUAACCUUGACAGCCAACUCAUCAGCGUCAGUAAGGGCAGGACGGGCGAGUUGAAAGCUUCGCAGAAGACACCGCAAGAGCCAGGCAGAUCAAUCAGUGAUUCGCUGGAGAAGAGCAGCAAGACUAAUCUGGAGAAUCACGCGCAGAAGAGUCUAACGAAACUCGCCGAUGUCGUUAGCAUGGAACUUAACAAUAAGCUGGAGACGAGCCUGAUAGACCACAAUGUUGACACCAAGGGCGCCAAGGUCGUGUCGCCGACCGGUAAGAAGCGAGUCAGCAAGGCGUGCUUGCUCCUGUAGGAAGGACUAGAGUCGCAGAGCCGACGUAUGCUAAAUGCUCUUUUUUAUUUCUUGGUACACGUCAAUUCCGCGGGAUUUCAAAUUUAAUAGUUUAUUUAUUUAUUUACCCAUUCAUUCAUUUAUUCAUUUAUUCAUUUAUUCAUUUAUU